AGUGGUUGGUCUACGAGCAGGUUUGCUUGGCGGCACUCGACUGUUCGAGACAGGAUAUAGCUCAGAAAUGUUUAUCUGCACUGCGUCAUCAGUUCCCCGACAGUAGCCGAGUGAAGAAACUCGCAGCAAUGCAACACGAAUCGCUAGGAAGCUAUGAGCGAGCGAUACGUAUCUAUGACUCACUGCAGCACCAGGAUGAGAGUAGCUCGUCGGUGCGUAAGCGUCGCAUCUCCAUCCUGCACGCCGCCGGAAAGACCAGCGACGCCAUCGUUGAGCUUAACGCCUAUCUAAAGCAGUUCAUGUCGGACUACGAGGCGUGGAUGGAACUGUGUGAUCUCUACAUAUCGGAGAACGACUACGCCAAGGCUUCGUACUGCAUGGAGGAAGUGCUGUUAUCUAACCCUCACAACCACCUCUACCACCAGCGAUAUGCGGACAUCCGCUACACACAGGGAACAAUAGACAACAUGGAGCUGGCGCGCGCUCACUACUCACAGGCCGUCGCGCUCAACUGUAACAAUGUGCGCGCCAUGUAUGGUCUGUUCCUGUCAGCUAGCAACAUAGCGUCAGCGCCCAAGAGCACGGUGCAGCGGAAGCGAGAUAACAUCAAGUACGCGAUGUGGGCGGCAAACCAGAUACAUGAGCGAUACCAG